AGUCGCAUGAGAGAGUCAACUGACCCUGUUUACGGUAAAACAACAUGGUGCCACAUGGUGGGCGGGCACUGCUGGAACUCAUUCUUCAUUCACGGAAAUCGAAGCUCUAGAGAAUUGAAGAUGCCGUUUUAAAAUCCCGUUAACUCUUUACGUGUUGAAAUACUUUCCAUCGAGAGAAGUCAGGGUUUAUUGUGCCAGCCCUUGUGCAACUAAUACACCCCCCCCCCCCCAGGCUACACAGAACGUACACAAUCACAACCAGAUGUUGAGCUUCUUUUAAAAGCCCUUGGUUCUCUGCAUAGUGCUGCUGCUCUGAGACCAGUUUGGCUCUCUUUUAGUGUUGAGCAUCUUAUUGACAUGUGGUCUCAGCAGUGGUCCUAAAUCAGUGCCUCAUUUGUAGAGACUCCAUUCGUGGACUCGUACUCCACCCCCCCGAGCACAGCAGCAGAGACGCUGCAAACUUGUCUCCAACCUCCUGAAGCUUUUCUUCCAACAGCACAGACCCGUUUAAGACGUUACCGAGAGCCAUGGAGCAUUUGGUCUUGGUGGUUCUGGGUCUGCUGCUGUCUCCCCACUGUCUCCGGGCCCAGAGCAGCAGGGCAAACUGCAAGCCAGUGACGGCCAGCUUUUGUCAGGGCGUGGGGUACACCACCACCCAGCAUCCCACCGGAGUGCUAGGCUUCAACCUGCAGCAGACGGGUCAGAUCGUGGAGACGGCUUGCUCGCCGCACGUCGCCGCGCUCAUGUGCCGCGUCGUCGUGCCCGAGUGCGGCUCGGAGGACAGCAGCUGGAUGAAGCCGUGCCGGGCUCUGUGUGAGAAGGUGAAGACGGACUGCGAGUCCGCCCUCAGAGCCAAGAGGCUGGUCUGGCCCACCAGGCUCCGGUGUGAAACUCUACCAGAGUCCAACUGUGUGCAGGGUCAAGACACCAGGGUAGCUCCAACCCCUCCUGCAGCAUGUCAGACCAUCAGCGUCCCCCUCUGCAAAGACAUGCUGUACACGGAGACGGUCCUGCCCAACCUCCUGGGCCACACGACCCAGGAGGAAGCAGCUCUGAUGUUACAGACCUUUAGUCCACUUAUACAAGUGGGCUGCUCCUCGGAUCUGAAGCCGUUCCUGUGCUCUGUCUACACGCCUAAGUGUGUGUCGGGAAGACCUCAGCCCCCCUGCAGGACCCUCUGCGAGAAGGCCAGGGCCGGAUGCGGGUCCCUGAUGAGCAAGUUUGGGUCUCAGUGGCCAGACCCCCUCAGGUGUGAAGCCUUCACCACAGACUCCUGCGAUAGGAGUCAAGACUCGAGUUUUACUCACCCAUCCUUUGGGACCUGUGAGCCAAUCAGCGUCCCUCUCUGCGUGGGCCUGCCGUACACGGAGACCGUGCUGCCCAACGUUCUGGGCCACAAGUCUCAGGACGAGGCACGCAUGGAAAUCCAUCAGUUUUAUCCGCUUGUGAAGGUGGAGUGCUCCCCUCACCUGAAGCCGUUCCUGUGCUCCGUCUACACCCCCGAGUGCGUGUCGGGAAGCCCGCGUCCCCCCUGCAGGACCCUCUGCGACAAGGCCAGGGCCGGCUGCGAGUCCCUGAUGAACAAGUUCGGCUUCCAGUGGCCGGAGAAGCUCAGGUGUGAAGCCUUCACCACAGACUCCUGUGAACACUACGGGGUGGGCAGCAGCGGGGGGUUCUGUGAGCCCAUCACCAUCCCGAUGUGCCAGGGCCUCUCCUACAACCAGACCAUCACCCCUAAUCUUCUGGGACACACGAGCCAGAGGGACGCGGUGAUGAAGAUGUCCUUCUUCAACUCGAUGGUGCAGACCAUGUGCUCGGUGGACAUCCGGCUGUUUGUGUGCACGGUGUACGCCCCCCGGUGCGUGGCGGGGGAGGUGCAGCGGCCCUGCAGGUCCUUCUGCGAGAGGGCCAAACAAGGCUGCGAGGGUCUGAUGAACAGCUUUGGACUCUCCUGGCCAGACGAGCUGCAGUGCAACUUAUUCCCAGAGGAAAUGUGUAUAUCAGAAGACAGACGGCCUGAUACGCUAGAUGCUGAAGGCGUCCUUGCUAAGCUCAACGCCGGUGGCUACUCUGUUCGUGGCAAAUCUCUGAGUCUGAAGACGGCCCGCCUCCUGUUGACCCUCAUGGAUGCGGACAAGACUGGAGACCUGGAUGUGGUGGAGGUCUUCAAACUGGAGCAUUACGUGGCUGCUACCAGGAGGGAGUACGUGGAGAACUACGAGAGGAGGAUCCCACCCUCCAUCACGCAAACCCAAAUGAAAAAGAUUCUGUCGGCCCGGGAUUUCAAUCUAGACGAUGAAACCUUCAGAGUUCUUUGGUACGAGUACAGCUCCGAAGGCGGGAUCAACUACGAUGAGUUUGUUGCCGUUGUGACAAAACUUCAUAUCCUCAGAGAUCGUUUCCAGGCUCAUCUGCUGAGAUUGCCGUGUGACUGCCAAGUCGCCAGUUUCUCUCUCAAGCAGUUCAUGAAAUCAGCCUUACUCUGAAGAUCAAACCGGAGCUGAGAAGGGAACUUAGUACCACAGCUGUUUAGAGCUGUUGGGGCCAUGUAUGUGCUUAUGAUCAUGUUUCAUUAACUGAACAUUAAACACUGAAAAUAA